AUGGCCUCCAAAUGCAUAGAUAAUUGUGUAAACAUCGAAAGCGACGUCCACUCCCUCCAGAAGGUAACGAGUUACACCAACCUCCACAAGUGGCCGAUGGCAGAGGUGGAGUUUGUCCAGUCAAUAAGCCACGGCAAUAGCCAGCAUCGUACCAUGGUGCUGAACAACAUAACUUGUAGGCAAAUGUACCUCAGAAGCUACACUUUCACUAGAAAAGAAAAUGAAGAAGAAGGUGGUCGAGGUGGCGGUAAGACUGGUGACCAGUUGAACAGAGGAGAGAAAAAGAAGUCUGCAGAGACAACGAAGAAAGGUAUGAGGAAAAAGAGCAAAGCAACACCUUGUAGGGGAUUUGUUUUGACGCUCUUAUGGAAGUGUUUUUCUUGUACUUCCUCUACUAAAGUUAAUAUUGAUCCGUGA